CUUCGGCGUGCCUCUCUGUUGCGACCAUACUCAUGCCAUUUCAGCCAGUGCCGCAUGUCUGUCUGUUUGUUCAUUACCGCGGCGGGGCUCUCCCCUUUAGCUGCCUUCUGUCUUCCUCUGCCAGCCUAGCCAGGACUUCCUGUGCAUGUGCCUGCCAAGUGCCUAUCGACUUAGAUCACACCGUGCUGCCCACUGAUCCAAUACACGUCGUCUUUCCCUGUCUGACUGUCUGGCAAGAAUGGAUUGAGCGCAACCCACUCAGUGCGUGUGAAGGGAUAGAGUGCACCUUAGGUAUUGUCUAUCAUAUGUUGCAGGGCCUCAUGGCCUGACUGGCUGUUUCCUUCUCUCUCCCUUUGCUAUCUUCCUCUCUUCCUUCCCUAUGGGUCCCGUGUGUAUAUGGUGGUGUAUUCAUGUGAUUGGCUGAUUGUUGCUUUGGUGGCUCAGAGGGCGCUCAUUUUUCUACUUCCCCCUUCUGGCUUCUGUACACUUGCCAUGGCUCUUGCUGGGCGACAGCGCCCAUCCUUGUGUAUGUAGCCGGAAUCGGUGUUUGUCAACGUUCUACAAGGCAGCCAGUGCUCUCUGUUGCCAUCUGUUUGUCCGCCGGUGCCAGUGCAGGGAGGGGUAGACAGGCCGUGUGCAUGCUUUGCAUGUACAUGCUGCUAGUUUAGUGCGUGAGACAACAGGAUCCCUCCGGGGUUACAGACACGAGUCUCGUUAAACACACUAACCAACCAACCAUCUGAGGUCCUUUUCCGGAGAUCUGCCCAAAGGAGGCCUUCUGAUGGACGACUCGUUCAGAUCUCACCCACAGGUGACGUCCUUUGCCGUACACACCCAGAUCUUUGGCUGUUGGCUGAUCUGGCUGAUGUGUGCGUGACUCUCCAGGCUGGCGGGACGGCGGACACCACAUUGGUCGUGGAGCAUCAUCAACAUGACACCCAAACACAGGUGGGUGGAGAUAUAGCUCGUGCACCGACGCGCCCAUGUGACUGUGCUCCAUCACCACCAAUCUGUCACAUCUUGUCUGUGUCUGCAUGUCUGUCAUCAGGUGUCCACUGAGAGGGCACCGGAGGUCACCAUCGGCGAGCGGAUUCGGCUGGUGAAGGACUUCGAUGCGCGAAAAGGAUCCGUCGAAGAUCAGCAUGGCAAAGUUCGCAAAGGAGAAGGGCGUCAAGUAUGGCCAGUUCUCGCAGUGGCGCUACAAUCUGAAGAAGCAGUGGGAGUCGGGCAAGCAGAUCAUCGAUCCGAACAAGAUACGCGACAGACAGCCCAAGUACCCGCAGAUUGAGGAUCGAUGCGGCGAUGGAUGGCCGGCCGUGACGACCCAAUGAGCGUCCCCCCCAAGGCCAUCCGGGCAAAGGCGAUAUCACCUUAGUGACAUACCUGAGGUAAGACACGGAGAAGCGGAAGAAGGUCUGUUUUCACUCGGUGCUUUGUGUCAUCAGGAUGAUGAUGUGGUUACUGUGGACGACUGUGUGGAAGGUGAUGUCGUGGUAGCUCCUGAUGAUCUGGAGGUGCUUGCGGUGUUGUGAAUUGGAGCAAGGUGACGGGUUACGUGCGUGUCCCGCGCACAAUUUGUGCUCUAGUGAGUGCGAGUGUGACAUCAGUAGCUGUCCUGUGUCACAAACUGUCCUGUGCCAAUGCGUCUCUUUGUUUGCUUUCGUGUCGUCUAUCCUCAUAUCUCUCUGAUGCAAACACACGUGGUCAAUGUCUGCAAGCAUCCUGUGACACCACGACGAAUGAAGGAGAGGAAAGGUUGUGCUGGCGGAGGAUGUGUCUGUCGGGAUGUGUUGGGUGUAUUACGUAUGACAUGCGUCAAUGACUGAAUGGAUGACUCGGGCAGGAGAGGAAGGCAGCUGACCGGUGACGUCUGAUUGUGUAAGCGUGU